AUCGAUUUUUUCCCCCUUUUUUUUUUGGUGCUUCAGAGAAAGGAUUCAGAGAUCUACCCUUGUCCUCAAUCACCAUCGCCAUGGGGCUUCUAAGCAUCAUCAGGAAAAUCAAGAAGAAGGAGAAGGAGAUGCGCAUUCUCAUGGUCGGCUUGGACAACUCCGGAAAGACCACAAUCGUCCUCAAGAUCAAUGGCGAGGAUACCAGCGUCAUCAGCCCCACCCUUGGCUUCAACAUCCGCACAAUCAGGUACCAGAAGUACUCUCUCAACAUCUGGGAUGUUGGCGGCCAGAAGACCAUUCGCUCCUACUGGCGCAACUAUUUCGAGCAGACUGAUGGGCUUGUUUGGGUCGUUGAUAGCUCAGAUGUGCGUAGGCUUGCUGAUUGUCGGAUGGAGUUGCAUAAUCUCUUGAAAGAAGAGAGACUAUCAGGAGCUUCUUUGUUGGUCUUUGCGAACAAGCAGGAUAUACAGGGUGCCCUUAAACCAGAGGAAAUAGUUAAGAUUCUAAAUUUGGAUGCCAUGGACAAAACCCGACACUGGAAAAUUGUGGGUUGCAGUGCCUACACAGGGGAGGGAUUACUUGAGGGUUUUGAUUGGCUAGUUCAGGACAUCGCUUCCCGGAUUUACAUGCUAGAUUGAUCUCACAGGUUAUGCCAAGUAGCUUGUUUGUUCUUGUACCAUCACUCAGAGAGAUCAGAAGAUUCCGAACUAGAUCUAGACAUCGUGAAACUAUUUUCACAAGGCUUUGAAGGGAAAGGAACUGGCUUCCAUUAGCAAUGAUACAAGCGCAGCUGAUACUCAGUGGCUUAUUAUCAACUUUCUGUUCGGAAAUUACUCACUUCUGUUCCAUAUUUUUCAAGAACUGCAACUUGAAUUUCUUUAACAUGUUAUUGUUUAAUGGAAAUUGAUCAGUCUCCCUGGAUGUAUAGUUAACUGAAUUCCACUGCUUUCUCAUGUUUUGAUUUUUAAUUUUAUUGGAUUUAAGCUUCUUUCUC